AUUCGAUCCUAUCUUGUCUUCUUGUUGAGGGGGGGGAGAGAGAGGGAAGAUGGAGAAUUACCACGUCAUCGAGUUGGUUGGGGAGGGUUCUUUCGGCAAGGUGUAUAAAGGCCGAAGGAAAUACACCGGUCAAACUGUGGCCAUGAAGUUCAUUUUGAAGCAUGGCAAGAGCGAGCGUGACAUCAAGAAUCUCCGUCAGGAAAUCGAGAUCUUGCGUCAAUUGAAGCACGAGAAUAUAAUUCAAAUGCUGGACGCCUUUGAGACUCCUCACGAGUUUUGUGUCGUCACGGAGUUCGCUCAAGGCGAGUUGUUUGAGAUCCUGGAGGAUGAUCAAUGCCUGCCGGAGGGGCAAGUUCAGGCUAUCGCGAAGCAGCUGGUGCGGGCUCUACACUACUUACACUCUAAUCGGAUCAUACAUAGAGAUAUGAAGCCACAGAACAUUUUGAUAGGUGCGGGAGGACGAGUCAAGCUGUGCGAUUUCGGCUUCGCCAGAGCGAUGUCUUGCAAUACGAUGGUACUUACGUCGAUUAAAGGGACUCCGCUGUACAUGGCGCCGGAGUUGGUGCAAGAGCAGCCGUACAACCACACCGCUGACCUGUGGUCCUUGGGAGUAAUUCUGUACGAGUUGUUCGUCGGACAGCCGCCUUUUUACACCAAUUCUAUCUAUUCUCUAAUUCAUCAUAUUGUACGUGAUCCGGUGAACUACCCUGACAACAUAUCGCCGGCUUUCAAGAGCUUUCUGAAGGGGUUGCUGAACAAGACGCCAUCGCAGAGGCUGACCUGGCCGCAGUUAUUAGAUCAUCCUUUUGUGAGGGAGACGUCUGCGGAGAGGGCGGAGAGGGAGGCAGCGGCGGCGGCGGCGCUGGAGCGGGGCUGCGAUGCGGCUUGGAGGGGGGAGGCGCACAUCUCCCUGUGGAAUGAGAAGGAGCUGCCACUGGCGGAGAGGGAGAGAGAGAGGGCUCCGCCUCCGGGAAGAGACCGUACGACCAUAGCUGCUGAGCGGAUUGCCGCGCCGCUUCCGCCAGCAGGCCCGACGGCGCCUUCCUACGGGCACGAAUCGGGAGGCGCGGAGGCGCCGCUGGGCGCGAGGUUGGGUGCGCAUGGAGCGGCGGGCCGUAGGAGUGGAGGAGGAGGCGGGGUAGGUGGCGGCGGAGCCGCGUCUGCCGUGGCGGGUGGUGACGGAGAGGCCGGCCGCCACUCAGGCGGGGGAGCGGGCUUAGUCUUAAGACAGGGCCCCUCCCCGGCCGUCGCUGCGGAAGAGCCUAUGAGCUUAUCUAAAGCGGAAGAGGUGUCGAGAGAUGGGGGGGUUGAGGGUGCGCUUCUGGUCGUCGCCAAUCGUGCGGUGAUGAGCCAGGUGUGUAGUGUAAUGAGGGGUUUGCAAUUGAUGGGAGGAGAGAUCAUGGGAGAGCAGUCGGUGAUGGUCGCGUCGCAAGCGCUUAGGGUACUCGACAACGUAUUUGGCUUGUGUUCAUCGGAGGGAGACGUCGUUAGCGGCGGCGAUGGUGCCGCUGGCAUCAUGUUGAUGAGAGGAGGGGGGCAGGCGGCAUGCUCUGGGGAAGAAGUGACCGGGGCGUUGCUGAUGUUGAUUCAGACUUGCUUGCUCGGCAAUUCCUCGCAGAUCACGCGGCUUCUCGUGAGUGCCGUGGAAGUGACGCGCAAGGCGUUGCUCGUGAUGACACGUGGCGAGUUGGAAACGUUGUUCGUACAGAAUGCGGUGUCUUUCCUCCGUCUGUACUCCACUUUGAUCGCCCAUGCAUCGGCGCAGUCGUCGGGACAGCUUUUGCACGAGGCCACGGCAUGCGUCGCGGAGCUGUUCUGCGACCUGACGUCAGGACUGCUGGCAGCGUCGUCAGGAGGAUGCAGUAUGUCGGGAUCGCGAAGCGGGGCCGGGGGCGCCGGGGCGUGCGCCGACGUUCCCGUCGGCGUCGGAUCUCGACCGGUCGUCGCCAAUCAGGUGCUGGCACAAGCACGCGUGAUGGGAAUCGCGUCUCAGCUAUGCACCUGUCUCGAGAUCGUAGGCCGUAGGUGUGCGACGACGGGUUCGAUUGCGACCUCGAGUCAAGGGGGGAGCAGGGGGAUGGGCAAGGACGGCUGUGCGGCGUCAGUAGGGGGGAGAGAAGCGGCAGAAGAGAGGAACGAGUGGCGUAUGGGCGGAAUGCGGGCGGUGGAAGGGUUAUGGAAGUUCGUCGAGGGUUUGGAUCUUCUGGAGGCGAUCAGGUUGGGGAAGGGUCGUCAAGGGAGCGGCAGCGGUGAGGACGGGGGAGGAGGGGGGGGGGGUACUAAAGGGGGUGGCGUACGGUCGAGUGGAGGCGGUGGCACCGGGCAUGGGAAUAGCACCACUAACAGCAGUAGGUGUAUGGGGAGUUCUUGGAAAGGGAGGGGUUUUCCUCUCGCUGUCGCAAGAGGGUUCGUCAGGCCUUGGAUGUCAGAGAGAAUGGACGAAGAGAAGAGGAAGAGGGAGAUGGAGGUGGUCACAUCCGCCGUGGUGAGGGCCAUCAGCGAGGGGUUAAUAAAGAGUCGGGACGCUGUGUCGGCAAUACACAUGGUUUUGAAGGGCAUGGAAGACGAAGAGGGUGGAAGCGAACCGUCCGCCGCGCUCCGACGCUCUCGAGGCUGCAGCUACGUGGUCGCACAGCAGCACGCGUUGCAGUUGCUGCUGCGUUGCGUCUUCAGCAUGCCGGCAUUGUGUGCGGCGCUGGCAGGGGCGUCGGCGACAGUGGACUUCUCGUUAACGACGCAUUCUUUCACCAUCACGAGAAAGGACGACUCAUCUGCCGAAGGGAGAGUAGGAGGAGGGGCGGGGGGAGUAGGAGGAGCAGGCGGUGGUGGAAGUCGCAACGGGGCGGGGAUUCUGGGGGGCGGCGAGGAUGGGACCGUGGUUUCGUCGCUGUUUGGACUUCUGCAGCGUUGGAACGAUAUCGGCAAGAGCGGCGUGAGCAAGAAGGCCGGGGUGGACCGGACAAGGGGAGGGGGAGGAGGAGGAGGAGGAAGCUCGAGGAAUGGAGAGUCGCGCGGAGCGCGGACCGCGAGAACCAGCGUCGAUAGUGAGAGGGAGGUGGUUGUAGUGCUGGCCUGUUUCCUCCUGGUCGACGUGAUUCAGGUGUUGGCGGGGCUGGAGAAGGUCUUGAUUCGGUGGAACGUAACUUGCGAAGCACGAAUGCGUGACAUGCUUGUAGCAUGCUGGCUUAUGAUGUAGCAGGAGCAGUAGUGAAGAUAGAUGAAGACACAGAGAGGGGCUCAUGUAAAUGAAAGAUGACACGGUGU